AUGAAUCAAAUUGAUUAAAAAUAAACUUUGCCUCCUCUUCGUGUAUCUGAAAUAUAAGAGUUACUUAGAUCAUCUAAUGAAUAACAUAAAAAGGAAAUCAUUUCGAGUUAUAGGGAUACGAAGAAAAGAAAACUAAAAGAAAUUGCAGAAUAAGAGAAAUAUAAGGUCAUUGAAAGAAAAGUAUUCAAUUCGCAAAGUAAAUUGUAAGGGCAAACGAUAGGAAAGACUUUAGAUAUAUUUCUAAGCAAGGAACCAAUAAUAGAUGAUUAUCUGAAAAGACAUAUUAUUGCUCCUCAAAGAAAUUUAGAAAAAGGUCUAAAAGAUAUAAAGACUGGAAAAAACUAACUUUUGGAUGGAAGAUGCUUUGGAGAUAUUCCUCAAAAUAAAUUAAGUAAAAAAGAAAAGCAAUCUUAGGAGUAUUGGAAUUAAUACAAUACAUAAUUAUCUGAAUAAAGAUAUAAAAUACUAUUGGAUUCUCAGACUGGUUUGCAAAAAAAAAUCAAUUAAUAAAACAGACUCAAGGCUUUAAAGAUCUUUGUACCAAACAAGUAUUCACCUGGACUUUUUGAUGAUCACCCUUCAUAGAUCCUAAGUUUCACUCAAAUGCAUAAGCAUUCAUAACCAUAAAUUUGGAGUCCAAAUAGUUUUUAUUGUGAUUCAUUUGAUGAAAGUCUAAAGCAAUAAUAAUAAUCAAAAAGCAUUUUAAAACUCAGUAACACAGUAUUAAAAGAUCAUAGUAAAUAAUCUAUAAAGAUUGAAUGA